AUUGUCAUUUCAACUGUCAGCUGUCAGUGUCAUGUUUAGGAUUAGGAUUUUUCUUUGAGUUUGGAUGCUUUGCUUGGCAUCAGGAAGUAGAAAAUCUCCGAGGAAAACUCAUCCUAAGGACUGCGGUUUUUUAAAUUUCAACUUUUAAUAGCUUGAAUGACUUCAUAACGGGUCAUCCUUUAAGUAGGAAUACUUUAUAAUUAAGCAAAUAUAAUACACUACGUUUACAAUGACCUACGUAAGCGAUUUGCGAAUAGCUGUGAUAUGUUCUAGUAAUAUGAACAGGAGUAUGGAAGCUCACGCUUUCUAUCAAAAAAAGGAUUUGAUGUAAAAUCCUACGGAACAGGGGAUAAAGUUAAAAUCCCUGGUUCAGCGGCAGAUAAACCUAAUAUAUACGACUUUGGAACAUCAUAUGAGGAGAUAUAUUUAGAUCUAUUACAGAAAGACAAAGCACUAUAUACACAGAAUGGUCUUCUCCAUACAUUGGACCGCAACAGGAGGAUAAAGUCACAUCCAGAAAAGUUCCAGGAAUGCAAUGAGAAAUUUGAUAUACUCAUUACAUGUGAAGAACGCGUUUAUGAUCAAGUUUUAGAAUUUAUGGAGAAUAAACAACCAACUGACAAUUCAAUAGUGCAUGUGAUCAAUAUUGAUAUUCAGGAUAAUUUAGAAGAGGCUACAAUAGGUGCAUUUUUGAUCAGUGAUAUGUGUACCAUGAUGGCAGCUGCUGAAGAUCUUGACAAUGACAUAGAAGAAGUUUUGCAUAAUUUUGAGGAGAAAUGUCAAAGAUCCAUUUUACACAGUAUAGUUUUUAACUAGUAUUUUAAGUGAUUAAUAAGUAUUUAUGAAUUUAUAUCAAGCAGCAAUUCAGUUUUUAAUAUGAAUGAAAUUUGUUAAUUCAUUCAGAAUUUGUGAAAAUAUGCCCCCUUGAUUUAUUUACAACUAUGUCUUUGAUGUUCUGAAAAAAUAGUAUAUGUUUUCCAAUGUUGCUCUGUUUCAUUUUAUGACACACCU